CAACAGUCAAGUCCUUCGCUAUAAAGCUCCUCUCUCUACUCUGUCUUCAAAAAGCUCAUUUCUCUUCUCUUCAUUUUCUUUUUUCUUUUCACUUCUCUUUCUCUGCUUCUUUGACCACAAAUAUACUCUCACUUUACACACUCACUCUUAUAUGCAUCUUUUUAUGCUCUUAGCUCAGAUCUCUCCUUCAAUGGCAAUAUACCCACCUCCUACUUUCGCUCAAUCCUCACUUUACUGUCUUUCUUGAUUCAGUUUAUCAUCAAAGCUUCAGUCUUUUCUUUUUUUUUCUAAUAUAUAUUACUUUUGGGUUCUUGAACUAGAAAAGAAUGGCAGCAGAAACAGCAGUUGAAUCUAAUACUACUAGUACUACUAAAGCACCAUUGCCACCAGAGGCAGAGAAAAAGAAAGAACAAAGCUUGCCGUUUUAUCAGCUAUUCUCAUUUGCUGAUAACUAUGAUUGGUUACUUAUGAUCUCUGGUAGUACAGGAGCUAUUAUUCAUGGCUCUUCAAUGCCUGUUUUCUUCUUGUUAUUUGGCGAAAUGGUUAAUGGGUUUGGUAAAAACCAAUCUGAUUUGACAAAAAUGACUCACGAAGUCUCUAAGUAUGCUUUAUAUUUUGUGUAUCUUGGCCUUGUUGUAUGCCUAUCGUCCUAUGCAGAGAUUGCGUGCUGGAUGUAUACUGGAGAAAGGCAAGUAAGCACACUGAGGAAGAAGUAUUUAGAGGCAGUGUUGAAACAAGAUGUUGGGUUCUUUGAUACAGAUGCAAGAACUGGUGAUAUUGUCUUUAGUGUCUCAACAGACACCCUUCUCGUUCAAGAUGCCAUUAGUGAGAAGGUUGGUAACUUUAUACAUUAUCUGUCAACAUUUCUAGCUGGGCUAGUGGUUGGUUUUGUAUCAGCAUGGAGGCUAGCGUUGCUAAGUGUGGCAGUCAUACCAGGAAUAGCAUUUGCCGGUGGCUUAUAUGCAUACACUCUAACCGGCCUGACAUCCAAAAGCCGUGAAUCCUAUGCACAAGCCGGCAUAAUUGCUGAACAGGCUAUUGCGCAAGUUCGAACCGUCUACUCAUAUGUUGGAGAGAGCAAAGCCCUAAAUUCAUACUCUGAUGCAAUACAGAACACUUUAAAGCUUGGAUACAAGGCUGGUAUGGCCAAAGGUUUGGGACUGGGAUGUACCUAUGGAAUUGCAUGCAUGUCAUGGGCCCUUGUAUUUUGGUAUGCUGGAGUUUUUAUCAGGAAUGAACAAACCGAUGGAGGGAAGGCAUUCACCGCGAUUUUCUCUGCCAUUGUUGGUGGAAUGAGUUUGGGCCAGUCAUUUUCAAAUCUUGGUGCUUUUAGCAAAGGCAAAGCAGCUGGAUACAAGUUGAUGGAAAUUAUAAAGCAAAAGCCUACUAUAAUUCAAGACCCCUCAGAUGGCAAGUGCUUGCCUGAAAUUAAUGGAAACAUAGAAUUCAAGGAUGUGACUUUCAGCUACCCAUCAAGGCCAGAUGUUAUCAUAUUCCGUGAUUUCUCAAUCUUCUUUCCUGCUGGAAAGACUGUUGCUGUUGUUGGGGGUAGCGGGUCAGGGAAAAGUACUGUUGUCUCUCUUAUUGAGAGGUUUUAUGAUCCUAAUCAGGGCCAAGUUUUGCUGGAUAAUGUGGACAUAAAGACCCUGCAACUGAGGUGGUUACGCGAUCAAAUUGGAUUGGUGAAUCAAGAGCCUGCUCUCUUUGCAACCACCAUACUCGAGAACAUACUCUAUGGAAAGCCUGAUGCAACAAUGGAUGAAGUGGAAGCUGCUGCUUCUGCUGCAAAUGCUCACAGUUUCAUCACCUUGCUUCCCAAUGGGUAUAACACUCAGGUGGGAGAAAGAGGAGUGCAACUCUCAGGUGGUCAAAAACAGAGAAUAGCAAUUGCUAGAGCUAUGUUAAAGAACCCAAAGAUCCUCCUUCUUGAUGAAGCAACCAGUGCCCUUGAUGCAGGUUCUGAAAGCAUUGUUCAAGAAGCAUUAGACCGUCUCAUGGUUGGAAGAACAACUGUAGUUGUUGCACAUCGACUCUCCACAAUUAGAAAUGUCGAUACAAUUGCAGUUAUUCAACAAGGGCAAGUUGUUGAGACAGGGACCCAUGAGGAACUGAUUUCAAAAGGAGCAGCAUAUGCUUCAUUAAUUAGAUUCCAAGAAAUGGUGAGAAAUAGAGACUUCGCUAACCCAUCAACUCGACGAUCACGCUCAACACGUUUAAGUCAUUCACUUUCAACAAAGUCUCUAAGCCUCCGCUCUGGCAGUUUACGGAACCUAAGCUAUUCAUACAGUACAGGGGCUGAUGGCCGCAUUGAAAUGAUAUCAAAUGCUGAAACUGAACGUAAGAAUCCAGCACCUGAUGGCUACUUCUGCAGACUGCUUAAGCUAAAUGCUCCUGAAUGGCCAUAUUCUAUAAUGGGUGCUAUAGGAUCUGUACUUUCUGGUUUUAUUGGUCCAACCUUUGCCAUAGUGAUGAGCAACAUGAUUGAGGUUUUCUAUUAUAGAAAUCCUGCUUCCAUGGAAAGGAAGACAAAGGAGUAUGUUUUCAUUUACAUUGGUGCUGGGCUUUAUGCUGUUGUUGCAUAUUUGAUUCAGCAUUACUUCUUCAGUAUUAUGGGAGAGAAUCUUACUACAAGAGUAAGAAGAAUGAUGCUUGCAGCAAUUCUGAGGAAUGAAGUCGGAUGGUUCGAUGAAGAAGAGCAUAACUCAAGCCUUGUUGCGGCCCGGUUAGCUACCGAUGCAGCUGAUGUAAAAUCUGCAAUAGCGGAGAGAAUUUCUGUUAUACUACAAAACAUGACCUCUCUCCUCACUUCGUUCAUAGUUGCUUUCAUAGUGGAAUGGAGGGUAUCCCUUCUCAUUUUAGCUACCUUCCCUCUUCUUGUCCUUGCUAACUUUGCCCAGCAACUCUCACUCAAAGGGUUUGCUGGAGACACUGCCAAGGCCCAUGCCAAGACUAGCAUGAUUGCUGGUGAGGGAGUGAGCAAUAUCCGAACGGUUGCAGCUUUUAAUGCCCAAGAUAAAAUCCUGUCCUUGUUCUGCCAUGAACUCAGUGUUCCACAACUUCGUAGCCUACGUCGAAGCCAGACAUCUGGCCUCCUUUUUGGCCUCUCUCAGCUUGCUCUUUAUGCCUCUGAAGCGCUCAUCCUUUGGUAUGGUGCUCAUCUUGUUAGCAAAGGGGUCUCCACAUUCUCAAAGGUUAUUAAGGUUUUCGUAGUCCUUGUCAUCACAGCUAAUUCAGUUGCAGAAACUGUUAGUCUUGCGCCAGAGAUUAUAAGGGGCGGUGAAGCUGUAGGUUCAGUAUUUUCAAUUUUGGACCGUUCCACUAGGAUUGAUCCAGAUGAUCCUGAGGCUGAGCCUGUUGAGUCAAUUCGCGGGGAAAUUGAACUUAGACAUGUUGAUUUUUCAUACCCCUCAAGACCUGAUGUUCCAGUUUUCAAAGACCUUAACCUUAGAAUCCGAGCUGGCCAAAGCCAAGCCCUUGUUGGAGCUAGUGGGUGUGGAAAGAGUUCUGUGAUUGCUUUGAUUGAGCGAUUUUAUGAUCCAACUGCUGGAAAGGUUAUGAUUGAUGGGAAGGACAUUCGGCGAUUAAAUUUGAAGUCCUUGAGGCUUAAAGUUGGAUUGGUGCAACAAGAGCCAGCACUCUUUGCAGCAAGCAUUUUUGACAACAUAGCCUAUGGAAAGGAGGGUGCAACUGAAGCUGAAGUAAUUGAAGCAGCACGCGCAGCCAAUGUGCAUGGAUUCGUUAGCGCAUUGCCUGAUGGAUACAAAACACCAGUAGGCGAGAGAGGAGUUCAGCUCUCAGGAGGACAAAAACAAAGAAUUGCAAUAGCAAGGGCAGUUCUUAAAGACCCAGCAAUCCUUUUACUAGAUGAAGCUACAAGUGCACUUGAUGCUGAAUCAGAAUGUGUGCUGCAAGAAGCACUUGAAAGGUUAAUGAGAGGUCGAACCACAGUGCUUGUAGCUCACAGGUUAUCAACGAUUAGAGGGGUUGACAGUAUUGGAGUCGUACAAGACGGACGGAUAGUUGAGCAAGGCAGCCAUGCCGAAUUAGUUAGCCGAGGCGACGGAGCAUAUUCUAGACUGUUACAGCUACAACACCAUCACAUAUGAUGGGAAGGAACAUGGCCUUGUUGAUUGUUAAUUAUGUUUUGGGGUCCCAUUAACCUUAUGUUUUCAUUUUACUUCUUUUCUCCUUUUUUUGGAAUGAUUAUGAUGAUGACAGUUGUAGAUAUGGGAAUGUGGAGGACUAUAUCUUGAGAAGAACUAUCAAUCCCCAUUUUCCAAUGGGGUAGCAAGUGUUAUAUUAUUAAAUAUCUAAUGGUUCAUAAACCCUUGUUGUCUA